UGUCAAACCGGAAUUACACUUACUCCGAAGUGCGAAGUGAUAAAUCGCGAAGUAGGAAAAGUUCCUCCAAUUUGCAGAUCUAAAGUGAAAUUAAGUUAACUCUACAACCAUGGUGCGAAAAGCUGGACCCACCAAUGUCAAGGUAAAGCAAGAACCCGUCUCUCAAGACACCGUGAUAAGUGAUCAUGACUUAGUUACCUUCUCCGUACGAGAACUCAACCGUCGUCUCCGCGGCCUCAGCAAGGAGCAAGUCAUCAUGCUGAAACAAAGACGGCGUACUCUCAAGAACCGAGGCUAUGCCGCCAACUGCCGUGAGAAGCGUGUCUCCCAGAAGGAGACAUUGGAAGAGGAACAGGCCAGGCUCCACGACGAAGUCCGCCGGCUCAACCACCAGAACAAGAAACACAGGCAGAAGUUUGAGGACAUCCGUGGCAAGUACCAGGCCCUGUUGAAAUUUGCCGAUAAAACCAAUGUGAAAGUCAAGAUGGUGACCAGUUUACCGGUGACAUCUUCGGCAGUUGCUGGAAGCUCAAGCAAGAUACACAUAAAUCAGACUAAUACCAGAGCAUCCACAUCGCAAGGCGAUAGGGAAUCGUAGUUUGAUGCUUUUGAUUUGAUUUGAUCUGCCAACUCUUAUACAUGUUCAGGCCCGAUACUUCACCGGGGCAGCAGAGGCUGUCCUUCAAAUGCUACAGUAUAAUUUACAAUUUCCUCAUAGGGUGCCAUUUACCAAGGAGAAAAUGCCUUGGUGCCCCUUCAAAAAUGAAGCAUACAGGCCUGGAUGAAAUGAUAACAUACUCCAUGUACUUGGAGUUGACAUGUGUAAACAAACACAAGGCCCGAUUUCAUAGAGCUGCUUAAGCACAUAAAGCAGUUCAUCCCAACAAGAUUAUGCUUACCAAAAUAAGGUUACCAACCCAAAAAAAGCAGUUAACCCAACAAGAUUAUGCUAACCAGAAUAAGGGUACCAACCAAAGUACCAUGUCAUGUACAAUCUGUGACUGGUAUCCUGCUUAUAUUGGUUAGCAGAAACUUUUUAAGCAACGUUUUCUGCUUUUAAGCAUUUCUAUGAAAUUGGGCCCUGAUUAUUGUUCAUAUUGACACUGGAGUUUUGAGGUAUCAAUGUAUAAUCAGUUUGCAGUAACACCACAUGUGUAUCUACUAAUACAUGAAUGUAGAACAAUAAACAUUUAGCAGGACACUUCUCCCAAAUUCUUAAAUCUACUCCACGACAGCAGAAUAAAUUACAAAACAAGGGUCUCAAAGAAAAUUGUUUACACAACAAUUAGAUACACAAGGUUUUACCACAAAAAAUAAUAUACAUAAUUGACAUUGCUUAUCAUAAAUUUGCAACAAAUUGAAUUUAAAGUAAGGUGGUUUUGUAUUUAACCCUUCUACGGCGCUAUUAUUUUCCAGCACAUUUAAAACCAUCCAAUUGCUAGGGUUGUGUAUGAUGGCACAGCUGUGCACAGAAACUUACUGUGUGUAUGUGCCAGGCCAUAGAAAGAAAAAAAACACUUCAAUGUGCAAUUAAGUAGCAAGAAAUAUUAAAUAUUUUAAACAUUUUGUACACGUUACAUUUUGUAACAAAAAAUAACUUUUAAUUACCCUGGAUAUUAGAACUGAAUUUAUAGUAGAAAUUAUUGUGUAUUAUGUAAAUUUCUAUAAAUAGUUAAUCUGCCAGAUGGUAUGGCAUAAAAGAUUAUUAAGUAUAUUGGUAGAUGCUAGUUAAAACUAAUAGGGAUUUUAUGUUUGCAUCUGGGAUGAAGAAUAUAAAUUUUGGUUUUUACCCAUACAUCGAUUUGUGUUAGCACUGUACACUCAAUACUUACACCUGAGUUAUGUGUACCAAAAAUACCAGGCAUAUUUCUCGGACGAUUUCAAUUCUAGAGCAGUGUCAUAGUCAUACCAACUAGACCACCGAGAUUGCCUGGUAGCUAGAGGCAGUUCGAAUCCU